UACACACUCAGCGGCGGUCGAGUGACGGAUACUAAACACACGGUGCACACUAGCGAGUGAACGCUCACUCAUCCCCUCACAUCACACUGCAGUUCCAGAGAAAAGCGCGCGUUCAAAACUUUCCUACACGACUACAGAUGGAAAAACCCACACAGACGGAGCACGAGAGAAAACAGCCGUGAAAGAGAUUCCUCUGCUGUCCUCCUGCCUUUGCCAUCGCCUACAAUGAGUGCCAAAUCGGCCCUCAACAAGGCGGUGUUUCUUCCCAAUGACGAACGGAUGCUGGCCGCUGUGCAGGUCAAGAGGAGGACCAAGAAGAAGAUCCCGUUUCUGGCUACAGGAGGCCAGGGGGACUACACUACCUUCAUCUGCUUAUCAGUCACCAAUAAGAAGCCAGCACAGGUGUUCCUGACGAAGGUGAAGCAGUUCGAGGGCUCGUCAUCGUUCAUCAGGAGAUCUCAGUGGAGCAUCAGUCAACUCCGACAGGUCAACGGUGUGGACGCCAUCAAAGACUGCCCAGAGUUUGACCUGGUGUUUGACAGUGGGUCUGACCAGUGGACGGCGGGUUCAGCAGGAGAGAAGUGUGUGUUUGUGCAGAUCCUCCAUCACACGUGUCAGCGCUUCAGUCCUGAGAGAAAAGUAGAGUUCAUCAACUGCCCCUCCAAACUACUAGGAGGUAACAGCAGUCUCCUCCACGGUGCGGCUGACAGCGUGAGCAGUGCGGUACAGAAGGCCAGUCAGGCUCUGAAUGAGCGUGGAGAGAGACUGGGCCGCGCGGAGGAGAAGACCAGCGACAUGAUGAACAGCGCACAGCACUUCGCUGACACCGCACACAAGCUGGCCAUGAAGCACAAGUGUUGAGCCUCUGCUGUAUUUUUUGGAGAAUCUGCUUCAUCAGCCCUGCUUUCACAGACUGUGACAGGAUGAAGCAUCACAUGAAGAAACCAGGACCUUGUGUAUCAUCAUGGCAGUAAUCUUGAAAAGAUCAUGUCUUUUUUUAACCACAGGUUUCUUGAUUAUUGCAAACUUAAAGCAUUAUUCAUAUGGCUGAUCAUUAUUAUAAUAUUAUAAGCAGUGUUGGGAAACAAGUCACGUAUAUUUCAAUCUAUAAUCACUUAAAAGUAGCCAAAUGCGCUACUUAGUUGUAGAUAUUACCAGUAUAUGGUAUUACCAUUUAGCAUCUGUUAGGGUUGUUACAGUACUGGAAUUUGAUACUAAUCGUUACAGAAAUUGUAAAACUUUGAGCUUGUUCUUAAACAGUCCUGAUUUGCCGUUGUGUUCACGUGCUCAACAGAAAUGACUGUGAUUGGCUGUGAAGAUCAUCAGUUCACCGCUGUUGACUGAGUAUGGACACCGAUAAAGGAACACUGGAGCGUUUCAAAGUCCCGUCGAUCAGCUGGUUUGUCUAUAAGCUGAUGAAUCGCGGCUUUAUAACGGUCGAGUGUCCCUGUAUCUGUGGUUACACGCAGUAAUCAGCUGUGAGCGUGGUGAACUGAUGACCUUCACAGCCAAUCACAGUCAUUUCUGUUGAGCACAAUGGCAAAUCAGCAGUGUUUAAGAACGUGCUCAAAUGUUAACAGGGAAUUAUUUUAAAUUUCAGUAUCGAUUGGUAUCGAAUUCCAGUAUCGUGGGAACCCUUGUAUCCGUUACCUUUUAAUGAACGUAAUGUGAAUCUGUGUGUGUUUUUAAGAGUAAGAUUGGCUUAAAAUUGUAAUAUUGACUUUUUACCCAACACUGAUGACAAGAUUCCUUAAAUGCCUGCUGACGUCUGACAUUCCUUCUAGAUUGUUUUAACCUAUGAAGUGUUUAAUAAUUGUGCCAUCGUGAAAAAACUUUAGCGUGUGAGAAUUUAAAAUGAUAUGUUUGGUAAAAAUCCUUCUGAGGGUUUGAUAAAAGUAUCUAAACUUGUUUGUUUUUUUAACAUUGUUUAGUUUCAUUAUCACUCGAGUCCAUAGUGUUUUAUUUGUAUUUGGGUUUUUUAUCACUAAAAUAAAGUUCUGAAGUGUGGGCCCACGUUUGAAAUAAUGCGGUACAUCUUAACUCGUUAUUUUCUGAAGUGUUGAAAUAUGUGCAGAUCUGCCUGGAGAACAUUCUCCACUAGCUUUCCUUCUACACACUUGCUGCGUCUCAGUUCAUCUACUAUCCGUCCUAAACAGUAUUCGAAAAUAGAAUUAGUAUGUCCUAAACUGGGGCGACGCAGUGGCGCAGUAGGUAGUGCUGUCGCCUCACAGCAAGAAGGUCGCUGGUUCGAGCCUCGGCUGGGUCAGUUGGCGUUUCUGUGUGGAGUUUGCAUGUUCUUCGUGUGGGUUUCCUCCGGGUGCUCCCCCACAGUCCAAAGACAUGCAGUACAGGUGAAUUGGGUAGACUAAAUUGUACGUAGUGUAUGUGUGUGUGUGUGUGAAUAAGUGUGUAUGUGUUUCCCAGUGAUGGGUUGCAGCUGGAAGGGCAUCCGCUGCAUAAAACAAAUGCUGGAUAAGUUGGCGGUUCAUUCCGCUGUGGGACUAAGCCUUAUGAAUGAAUGAAUGUCCUAAACUGUAGUAUGUAGUACAGAGUAUGCCAAAGUUUCCCAAAUGCUCUACUAUUAUUUCGGGUAGAAAUUCGAACCGUCCGCAAUCUAACCACUAAUAUUGCCCACAAUUGCACUUUGGAUGUGAAUUCGAUUAGAACUACAAACUUGGGCAUAGAGUGUACAAACUACAAACAUGGCGGACGCACGAGAUCAACCGUCAAGCAGAGAACCAGCAGGCACAGGACAUUAACAUGACGUCUGAUUGACAAUGUACCUCAACGUCAUGGGGAGGUUGAAUUUUGUUUGGAAAUGAAAAUCAGCUCGACGUCAACGUCGAACGUCUAAGCUAAAGUCAACCAUAAAUCUAUGUCCAAUGAUGCUACAGCUUGACGUUGUGUGGAUGUUCCCAGUAUGACGUCUAUCAGACGUUGGAUUUUGGUUGCCAUACCUGACGAAUAAAUGUUUGCAUUUGACGUCAAUAUGACGUUGGGUUAAGAUUUUGGCUCGACGUUGGAUUUUGGUCACUUUCUAACACAACCUAAAAUCAACCAAAUAUCAACAUCAUUUGACGUUGUUAUUGGGCGUCAAAAUGACAUCAUGCUUAGACGCUGGCUAGACAUUUUGGUCACCUGACAUCACAACCUAAAUCUAACCUAAUAUUAACGUCUUUCGAUGUUGUGUGCCUGCUGGGGAGGCUUCAGUAAAGUUGUUUGAAUGACUAUUAAUUAAUAUCUAGCCAACUGGAGCAUAUCUAAAUCAUGUUUUCAGUGUUAUAUUCCAUCUGCAACAACAAUGAGAACUAGUGUAAAGUCAUGCGGACGUAACAAAGCAGCAUAAUGGUUUGUUAAUGAGGACGUAGUAUGUUCCAAAGCUUCUGUUACACAAUCAAAAGUAUGUCGUUUUUCUUCACAACAUACGGGAAUUGGAAAGCAGCAGCUGAUGUUUUUGCCAGAUCUUUUGAUAUUGAGUUUAAAAAUGGUGAAUGGGGAAAAAAAAGAUCUAGUUAAAGACAAAAAAACAAAUCAAAUAUUUCCCAACCCCACUGGCCAUGGUCAAAACUUGCAUAAACGAUCAUUAAAAACAAAAUAUUACAUGUAAAAAAUGAUUGUUAGACAGAUGGCAGUCCCAUUUAUCACUUCUUAUUGACCAUCUUCUUUGCAUUACAUGUCAAUGGCGACCGUGGAAAAUUUAGAUUUAUUUUUAAUAUGAUACGAUUGAGAUGAUACAGCAUAUGACUGCGGCUUCAAUGACAUUUAUCACAGUUGUUUCUUUAAAAGCAAAAAUCUGUAUGCAAAGUGACCCAUGUUUAGUGUUUUACGAUUGAACAGUUGCCACACAGGGUCUGAAAGCACAUCCACACAACAAUUGGUUAAGAAAGAAGUGAAAAUAUAAUGUUGACUCUUUAGAAAAUGGACUCUUUACAAAAUGGUGGAUUACUCAACAAAUACACAUCUGCGUCACUUAAUAUUUCGAAUUUUAGGACAGUUUACGGUGUUUCUUUAUUAAUAAAUAUUUAAUGUAAUAUUUUCAUCAAAGUCAGAUAUUAUACUGACCUCAACGGCAGCGUCUCAAAUGUGUUUCCAACGCUAUCUCAUGAUCAUUUGUGCGAUUGCAUUCGUACCGUUUAGUACGAUUUGCUCAUCCCCCAAUGACGGUUGGGUUUAGGGGCGGGGUUUGAUGCCACGCCUCCUUUUUAUAAUCGUACAUUUACAUAUGACUAAACUAGUGGGACUUGGUACCUAUUAGCUACUAAACUGAUGAACCGUAAAAUAGUUUUGGUUCCUUGUGAGAUCAGGCUGGUGUUUCUAAAAUUACUCCAGCCCAAAACAUCUAUUUAUAUAUUUUUUGGGAUUUGAUGAAUGGAAAUAUCAAAUUCAUCUUAAUCUACUCUAUAAAUGUGUUUUUUAUUAUAAUUCACACCAUUCCACAGAUUUCUGUGCAUCUUCAAGUGUCCGACUGAGUUCAUUUCUGAGGAUCUGAACAUUUUACAGCUCAGGCUACAGAUCUAGAAUCAGCCGGAGCCACUAUAAACACAUGCGCUCAUGCUUCAGAUAUGCACAUAACAUAAACUCACAGCUUUACCGCACAUCUAGAUAAAAAAUGUAGGCCUGUUUCUUUCAAAAAUGUAGCAAAACAUGCAGAUAUUAAAAUCACCUCGGCUUGUUUAUUUUCCUCAGUUUAAAUUGUAGUUUUUGUAAGAAUAUUUGAUGCGUUUGCACAACUAACAUGUAUUUCAGUAAUUAAGUACAUUAUAAACGUCGAAUGGAUGGUCGAAAAACUUUGAAGGAUUUUCUACAACUGAAACCAUACAGAUUAUACUUACACUGCAAUAUUAGUUUCUCGUUUUAUGGUUUGCUAAUAUGAAAAUGUGACCAAAGUCUGUACAGUGCCCAGUUUUAUGUGUGCAGAAAUCGCAAUAAACACAUUAUCAUGUCUUAGCACUGUUUCACAUGUCGUUUGUAGACCAUUUUUGUUUUAGUGGCAUCAGCCGUCAUAUGGUUUGUUUUAAUGUCUGAUCCGUAAGGCUGCAUAAUGCUGCCAAAAACCGUCGUCAACAUCAAUGAAUAAAAACUAAUGAAUUAUGAAAUUGUCUUAUGAAUUGUCUUCAGGCGUUUUCAUGCGUUCUUGAUGAAAACCAGUCCCUGUUUCCGGUGAUCUGAACACAUUUUUCAGCGUGUAGAUUUGCUGUCAACAUUCUUUUAUGUAAAGGGAAUGUUACGAUUUAGUUUAACCUUUAAUAUAAUGUGCGUGUGUUCAAAAAUGGAAUAAUGAAUUGUAAUAAAUUGUUAAAACAG